CCUGAUCGCAGAGAACAUGUGGCCCCGCGGUUGCGUCCUGGACUGCCAGAGGGGGCGCCACAGAGCCGUGUGCGGCAGUAACGGCAGGUUGUAUAAAUCGAUGUGCGCCUUCCAGAGGGCGCAGUGCAUCAACACACAUCUGCGUCUGGCUCCACGUGCACACUGCUCAGAUCUGACUCAGUCUAAAUGUCAGCUGGCUCGGGCUCAGGCGCUGGAGGCCAACACCCGCAGCAGCAGCAGCAGCAGCAGCAGCAGCAGCAGCAGCAGCAGUCAUGUCGGUCAUGUCGGUCAUGUCGGUGCUGCAGCUGCCAUGUUUGUUCCAGAGUGUCAUCCAGACGGUCACUUCCUGCCAGUGCAGUGUCACAACCAGACCGGAUACUGUUGGUGCUCCACAACAGACGGAAAACCUCUGAGCGGGACGUCCGUGCUCCACCUGAUCCCCAGCUGCUCCGAUCAUUUCAUCAAGACGGAUCCAGUUCAAG